AGUUUAGUUAGGAGGGGAGAAAAAAGAGAAAAAGUUUUGAAAAUUUGAUUGUCACAUACAUUUCAGAAACGAGUUGGUCAAUUUAAAGUACUCUCUUAACUUUUAGUGUUUUAUUUGUAGUGUAAAGGAAACUGUAAAGAAACAUUUCUGUUCUAAGGAUAACUGCUGAUUAUAGACUGAAGGACAUAAUAUUGGACAAGGUAAAUUAUAAUGUCAACCUGAAAUUAAAGUGACUGUAAUUAACAGAAAUAAAUGAUAAAUCUGAUUAAUUUAAAAAUGACAGUGUCGAUAAGAGAUGAGUGGAGAACGGGAGCCUCUAUUGAGGCAUGCUGGGACAUCAGAAAGGUCGAGAGGUCAUGGGUCAUUGGGAUCAUCCAUUGAAAGGACUGAUGAAGAUAUCGAGUAUACAGAAAUCUCAUUCCCUGAACGAUUCAACAUGAAGCAAUACGUAAAAAAGUGUUGCACUUUGGAGGCUGUUAAAAAUAAAUUACCAAUUACAAAAUGGUUACCAAAAUACUCACUUACAGACUUGCAGAGUGAUGUUAUCAGUGGACUUACAGUAGCGCUGACAGUAUUACCUCAAGGUCUGGCUUAUGCAAUUAUUGCUAACCUACCUCAACAGUAUGGCCUGUAUUCGGCGUUUAUGGGUGUAUUUGUGUACACAUUAUUGGGAACAUCAAAAGACAUUACUUUGGGGCCAACUGCAAUUAUGUCUCUCAUGACAGCAGCCUUUGCUUCAUCCCCAGUGCAAGAUGAUCCUACAUAUGCUGUAAUUCUGUGUUUAUUUUGUGGAGCAGUACAGUUAUUGAUGGGCAUACUUCACUUAGGUAUCUUGGUGAAUUUUAUAUCAUAUCCUGUGAUCAACGCUUUCACGUCUGCUGCAGCUAUAACAAUAGCAUUUGGACAGGUGAAAGGAAUUCUGGGAUUGAAAGGAAUUCCAAGAGAAUUUCUGCAUAUGGUCUAUGAAACUUGUAAAAAGAUACCAGAAACAAGAGUAUGGGAUUUAACUAUGGGACUUGUUUGUCUGAUAAUUCUGUUCUUGCUUAAGCAAAUGAGAAAAAAGAAGUGGAAGCGAAAUCCCCAUAAUGUACCAUUAUCUAUAGGACAGAAGAUUAUUAGGAAAAUUGUCUGGCUGGUUGGAAUAGGAGCUAACGCAAUAGUAGUGAUCACAUCAGCUGGUGUUGUAGCAAUCUUACACAGUUACGGAUAUGACUCGGAGAUAACCAUAACGGGUGAUGUAAAGCCUGGCUUACCUCCCUUUAGGUUUCCAGCAUUUAGUGUACAGAAUGGAAAUAGUACGAUAGAGGCAGGGGAAAUAUUAGGGGAUAUUGGUACUGGUCUGUUUAUUGUUCCAAUUCUUGGUUUGGUAGAGUCCAUAGCCAUAGGAAAAGCUUUUGCCCGUCAGAAUAAUUACCGUAUAGAUCCAAACCAAGAACUUUUAGCUAUUGGUGUUGCAAAUGUUGCAAGUUCGUUGGUGUCAGCGUACCCUGUAACUGGCAGCUUUUCCAGAACUGCUGUAAAUUCUCAGAGUGGGGUACGUACCCCGAUGUCGGGGGUGUUUACAGGUGGCGUGAUCCUGUUAUCAUUAGCGUUCCUCACCCCUCUCUUUAAAUACAUUCCGAAGGCGGCAUUGUCGGCGGUUAUCAUUUCGGCUGUGAUACAGAUGGUUGAUUACGAGAUUCUACCUAAAUUCUGGAAAAUACAGAAGAUGUCUUUGAUACCGUGGGUUAUCACAUUCCUGACAUCUUUCGGAUUAGGAAUUGAGUAUGGUAUUCUAAUUGGUAUUGGUAUUCAGCUGCUCAUGCUACUUUACCCGGUUGCAAGACCAAAAAUUGCAUUUAAGAAUUACUACAGUAACCAAGGAAACCAGCCAGCUCCAUUGAAUAGUGUAAAGGUGGAUUAUUUAGACUACGUUGUUGUUACUUUCAACCAGGCAAUCAGGUUCCCUUCGGUGGAAUAUUUACAGGGAAAAAUACUUCAACACAUGUAUACAGAUGAUGAAAAACCAAGAUCAGUUAUUCUUGACUGCAGUCAUCUUGCCUCAGGUCUAGACUAUACCACGAUUAUGGGGCUGAUAGAGGUAAUUGCAGAUUUCAAAAAGAAGGGAGUACAUUUUGCAAUGGCUGCUGUAUUGCCAGAAAUUAAGAAGGAAUUGGACCAUGCUAAUGUGAAGGAUGUUAUAUAUGGAGAUAAUGUUGCAGACUCCAUUAAGAAAAUAAAAGCAAAGGAAAAGGCAGGGGAGAUGGAAGACGAAAUAGAAUCAAUUACUGUUACAAAUGGCAAAGUAGUUCAAGCUACAGCACUGAAUGGCACACCCAUUCCAAAUGUUCCCGAGGUGAAUUAUGGUUAUGCUGAUGGUCCAAAUGAUGAUGAUGAUGACAGUGAUGGUGAUAGUGUACGGUUGUAGUGCACAAAUGACUUACAACAACUCAUCUAUUAUAAAAAUGGCCAAUGACAGGCAUGUAGGACUAGGCCUAAGUUUUUAAACAGAAUUAACACUUAGAUGUUUAAGCAAUGUGGAACAAAUAUCUGAGUGAAAGAUCAUGUGUAACAGGUUCUAUGUGAUGAUUAUGCACAAUGGAACAAAUAUUUGUUUGAAAAACCCCAUUUUCUGUCACGAUUAAACACUGUAGAACAAGUAUUUGUGUGAAAGAUCUUGUGCAGCAUGUGUUCCAUGAUGAUUAAGCAUUAUGGAACAAAUAUUUGUGUUGAAGUGUGUGUGAAGGGUCUGCCCUUCUGAACAAAUAUGUUUUGUGAAAGAUCUUCUGUGAAGUGUCUUACAUGAUGAUUAAGCUUAAUGGAAUAAAUAUUUGUGUGGAAGUACAUGUGUGAAGGGUCUUCCAUGAUGAUUAAACAUUAUGGAACAAAUAUUUGUGUGGAAGUACUUGUGUGAAGGGUGUUCCAUUAUGGAACAAAUAUUUUUGUGAAAAAUGUUGUGUGAAGGGUGUUAGUUAGGAACAGAAUUCCUCCUUUGAGAAUAUAGCUCUGACAUGUUUUUAUGGAAUAUUUGACAAAAUUCUACCUAAUCGUCUACUUACUCAUCAGAAUAUAUGAUUAAGUGGUAGAGUGAUUAUGUAAUAAUGUAUGGUGUUGUUAUAUCAUGUUGGCAUUACGACUACAUUAUAUCAUGUUUUAUUGUUAACAAGUUUGUUGAGGGAAUUAAAAUAUAAGGUUGUAGAAAUAGAAAUUUUGAAAAUAUAUUGUUUCAAAAUCAUUUACAUUUUUAAUGCAUUUUUCAUGGAAAUGUUCUGAUUUACACAUUAAUUCAGUUAUUUAAAUUUAUAUUUCAUUAAUAAAUGGGAAACUGCUGAUCUUGCCAAAGAAAAAAUAAUCGUCUGAGUUUUUGUGCAGCCUUAUGGUAUGGCAUAAUUGUGAGGUUAUUUUUUGAGAAUUUAUUUAUUCUUAUAUUCAGUUCUCAUUAAUAUAAUCCUAAAUGUGUCUGGAAAAAUUCUGUAAAACUUCUGGUAAGCAUGAUUGGUAUCACAGAACAUUUUACAAGAAUAAUGCAGCAACCAAACUGAGCUUCUAUAAAUCUAAAGAACUUGUAAAUUCAGACGUUUAAGAUUGAACAGAAUUAAUGUUAGUUUUUACUAAGUACUUUAUUUGGUAUACAUAGUGUAUAUAGUUCUCUGUUUGAAGGCAGGUUCUUCAACAUUCACGGUGUUUUUCUGUUUUUAUGAGUUUUAGUAAUAUAAAUGUGUAUAUACCAUUAUCCAUUAGUAAUGCCCCCAGGAACAUUUUAUUCAGCAGAAAGUCCCUGAAAAAAUUGUUUUGUUAUUGUUGUCUUUUACAUUGUUUUAAGAAAUACAGACUAUAAAUCCAACUUCUAAUGAAUGAUAUUUAACAUUAACAGCACUUCCUCAUUGCUGGUGUUCACUUCUAACUUAAAUUAAUUUAAAAAAGAUUUGUUUUGGGGGAAAAUAUUGGGGGGUGGGUGGUGCAUUGGGGAGGGCAUUAGUUAGGGAAUAUGUGGUUGUCCGUUUUUACUGUGUUAUAUGUAUCUAAAGUACACUUGUAAUUCCAUAGUAUAUUCAGUUUAAAGUAUUUCUAUGGAGAUUAUAAAGAAUAUUAUGUAUGCAUUUAUUUAAAGUUAUUGAAAGCAGUUGAAGCAGGAUUUAGUUCUUGAUAAAGAAGAUCGGAUUGAAUAUUGUAUGUUUGAUAAAUGGUUAGUUAUUUUACAAUUAUAUUUGCAAAUAUUCAAUCUGAAAGAAAUUCAUUAACAUUUUUUAUUUAAAGCAUUUUUUUUUAAAUGUUCAACACUGUAUUAAACUGAGGGUUGUAAAAGUUAUAUACUGCUUUCAAAUGUUUUGUGUAUAAUAUUAUUAUUAAAUACACGAAUAUGGAAUAGACAGAUUUUCACCCUUAUCAUUCUGAAAAGUACCGGUAGAUUAUUUCUCUAAGAUAUAUGAAAAUGAACAGUGUGCUUGUGCUGUCUCAAUGAAAAGACAACACAGAAAGAGAAAACAGUGGAUGUGAUAGUUUUAAAAAACAUAAUUAUUUGAUUACAAAAAAAGUUUGAUAAAACAUGAUUCAAUUUGCAUUUUAAUGAAUUCUGAAAAAGACCUUUCACUGGUAAGCACUGUUGUUUGUUAUAUGCAAAUGUUUUUAAUUGACAUGAAAAAUAAUGUUAGGAUUGUUUAUAUAGUAUUGUGUCAAAUUGAGAGAGAGAGAGAGAGAGAGUUGUUUUGAAAGUUCAUUGUUAAAGACUUAACUUUGUAUUUUGUUACUACUGAUUUUUCUCUAUUUCACAUCAGUGGAAUCAUGUAUUUACCAAGUCUGUUAAAUUAAUUGAUAAUAUUCUAGGCUUACACAUAGAUUUCACUGUGAAAAAUCUCAUAGUUUACAAAAAUUAUUUAGCUCAAUUUUGAUAAAACUUAUUUGAAUCACUAUUGAGUUUACAUCCUGAAAAAAACCCAGGUUUUAUUUGCAACUGUUGGGGCUCAAACCCACAACCUCUGAGUUGAGCAACUGACACUUAAACAACUAGACCACCCAAUACCAUUUAACUUACCAAAUAAAGCAAUAAUGUAUAAUAUUAUUGUAAUUUUAUGGAUCCUGUGAAAUCAUUAAUAUUCAUGGGGAAUUCAGUUUUCUGGAUUUCAAGAAACCACAAUAAUAAAUCUCAACAAACAAUUCGAAUUCCUGUUGAUUUUAUCUUUAAAUCUCCUAAGAUGAAUGAGUUCUUGUCACCACCAAAUAUUUGAUUUGCCUAAAAAACACAAAAUUUCAUGCCCACAAAAUAAAAUUUAUUUUGCGUUUUUUGUCUCUCAUUGUACACCAUACACCAAAUUGUUUUAUGUUUUGAAAAAAAGUGACUUUGACAUUUGUCACUUACUGUACACCAUGCACCAAUGUUUUUAUUGAUCAGAAUAUUUGAAAGAUUAACUGUGAUAUUACUGGGACCUAAUAAAUGUAAAAUUUUGUGUAGUCUUGAAUUUCAGACAUGAUUCAGAGAUUUUAUUUAAUUUAGACGUUUUUCAGUGAUUUAUUCAACUAUAACGGUGAAACAUAUUUGGUAAUUGCACUGUGGCAAAUAUAUUUGAGCCAUUCCAUGAGAAAACCAAAAUAGUGGCUUUGCGACCAGCAUGGAUCCAGACCAGCCUGUGCAGAUGCAAUCUGGUCAGGAUCCAUGCUGUUCGCUUUCAAAGCCUAUAGCAAUUAGAGAAACUGUUAGCGAACAGCAUGGAUACUGAUCAGACUGCGCGGAUGCGCAGCCUGGGCUGGAUUCAUGCUGGUCGCAAAGCCACUAUGUUGGUUUUCCCACGGCGCGGCUCUUUUGGUAUUUUUCGCUUGUACAGAUAUAAAAAUGGGUAAAAUUUGGUUAAGACAAUUAAAAAAAAAUGUAAAAAGAAAGCUGUAAAUCGAAAUAUUUUUCACUUGUGCUUACACCAUUGCAUCUGUUGUUCACUGGAUGAAAUAUAUUUUGAUCCUAUGCUGAAACAAACAUUCGUCAUCUAGAUAAGAGAACAGUGAAAUUAUUAUUCACUAGAAUUGAAUAGAUAAAGCCAUAAAAUCAGGCAAUGUUCCUAUUUUUUAAUGGAAAUCAAUAGUUAUGAUGUUGUGCAUGAAAAAAUGCAAAGCUGUAUUUAAUAUUCAGAAACAUUUAAUAUUUUAAACUUUUAUUAGGUCCUCCCUAUUUUUGUUCACUUUGAAAAGAUUUAUUUUUAUAGUCAAAUGUAUGUUGCUUGUAAAUUUAAUUAUGCAGAUUUAUUGAUUGAUUAUGAUGUAACAUUAUUGCAUAAACUAUAACUGAAAUAAAACUAUAAACAAAUAA